ACGUGACGUAGAGAGCUUUUAACUUACGUCAUCCCGGAAGUUGCGUCUCUUUCUUUCUCUCUGUCUCGACGCAGUCUUUGUGUUCUUCAUCUCGAAGGGGAAAUUGUCGUAGCAUUCCAGAAAGACUUCUCUUUGUCUCGUGACUCACAAGUAUCUACUUAUAUGGUUCUCACCUGCCGAAUAAAAAUAUUCACAAAUGCCAGACUACGUGGAAACCAAUUUCGAUGAAAGAAGCGGAAUCGUGCCCUGUACUACACCUUGGGGCAGAUGGUGGCAGACAGUAGCGGAAGUUCACGUUGAAGUGAAUGUGCCGGAGGGAACGAAAUCUAAGUUUAUUCAAGUGACUGUUCGGCCAUCACACCUUAAAGUGGUCGUUUUAAACGAAGUAAUAUUUGAGGGACCAUUAUUUUCUGUUGUGAGAAGUGAUGAAUCAGUGUGGACUUUGGAGGACAAGAAACUAAUACAUUUAGUAUUAAGUAAGGCAGAUGUUUGCAGCAAGGAGACAGUAUGGGAAGGACUGUUAAAGGAAGAGUUCUUAGCUGAUCCAUGGACAGUACAUGAAAUGAGAAAGAAAUUAGAUUUGGAGCGCUUUCAAAUUGAGAAUCCAGGGUUUGACUUCAGUGGCGCGUCUUUGCAAAAAGGAUAUGACCAUGUGCCAGGGACUGCCCUGCAAAAAUGGGAAGAGAAGCAGAAAGACAUUGCAGAGAAGAAGCAGGGAAGCAGCCAGGAAAGUGAAGGGGAACACAGUCAAGAGAAGAGCUGAUUGUUUUUAAGUAACACAUCUUUGUAUUUUUGGAAAGACUUCUGUAACAUGCUAUUUAUGACUAACAUGGCAAAUAUAUUCCAAGUGAAAUUCUUUUUACACAUGAUGCUUUAGAUCUUGAUAUUUAUUGAUACAGUAUUAGUAUUUAUAUACAGUAGUUAUAGUGUAAAGUACAGCUAAGAAGUUGAAUGUUUUUGAUAAACACCAUGUAACAGAGAGAGAACAGGAAGCUUUGUGUUAUUUAAAACUAGUGAGAAGGGAAACUUGUUUUAAGAGGAUUCAUGCACUGUGCCAUAAUCAAAAGUACAUAAAUAAUUUAUUCCAUGGUAUUCUUUGGCAUUAAGGAAAAAACCUAAAGCUAUAUAAUUCUGAAAAAAUCUAUAAGUUAAAAGCAAUAGUAAAUACAGUGGCCCCUGUAUACGAGGGGGAGGGGUACCAGACCCCCCCCCCCCACACAAUAGUUGAAACCCCUAUAAAAAUGCUUAAAACGGACUACUAUUUUGUUUGUUAAAACUCGAGAAAAACCAACUAAACAUUUUUAUACCUGGUUUUUUUAAGUGUUAUCACAAAAAGGGUAUUUUAUGAUGAAAUUAAAAAAACCCCAUGAAUUUGUGGAUAUUUGUCAUAGAAGAAUACUGCGAAUAGGCAAAUUUCCCGCGAAUGAUGAGUAGUUAUGGUCCAGAGAGAAAUCUGCGAAUGCUUGACUCCGUGAAUCUGGAGAUCGCGAAUACGGGGGCCCUCCGUAGUUUCAAAAUGGUCAAGUUUUUAAAAUGUAUAUCCCAAUAGCUUUUUAGGUUACUAGUGUGGUUGCUGGUGUCCAGGAAAGCUAUUUUGAAAGAUGUCGCAGUCAGACUCUCUCUUCUAGCUAGAAAAAAGAUAUGAGUUAGUGACUGCGAUGUGGAAAGUUGAUCAAGGACUGGGAUUUUGAAUUUUGAAAUUUUGAAAUGAAGAUUUUACAUGUUUAUAAGAUUGUAAAGUUAAUGUUGACUGCCUACUUGGACAUCUUUCAGAAUAUGUCAUUAUCUGCUUGCAAUUUUAUUGGCAUCUGAAGCUGAAUAGCUAGCAUGUAUUUUUGCUGAUGACUAAUGUUAUUUAUAACGUGAAAAAUGAAGAUCUUUGUGGUGAAACUUACAGAUUCAAACUAGCAAAUUAAAGUAUGAUUUUAAUUUCGUGUGUGUUUAAACAUGGUUGUGCAUCUGCUGCUUUGCUCUCCUUAGCCAGCUACAUUAGUUGAAAUUUCUGUUAAAAUGUUCCAGCUUGAUGACAGACCCACAGAAACAUACUACAGUCAGCCUUUUUAUACAUCAGUACUUUAUGAAAUUAGUCAUUGUAUACUGUAACUUGUUGCAACGCCUUUCCUUGGAACACUUGUUAAUAGCAAUGAAAACUUGGCAUUUUACAUUGUCUGAUUAAUCUGUUCUUGACAAAAGCAUUAGUAGUGGUAUUAUAGUUUUCUCUUAAUGUUCUUGGGAACAAGAUUAUACACUUUUAACAAUAAACUAGUGUCUCAGUUU